CUUUCUUUCGCCUCUACGGCAUUGAAGUUAAAGUCUUUGGUUUCCUCUACGAUGAUCGUUUAUUUUUGUGUAAUUCAUUGCUCUGUGUGAGUAUGGAAGAAGUGUUUCCACCUUAUCAUGUUUUUAUUAAUCACAGAGGACCUGAUGUCAAGAAAACUCUUGCUAGUCUCAUCUAUCAUCGUCUGGAAGGGCAUGGAUUGAGGGUGUUUCUCGACAAACAGGAAUUGCAAGUAGGAGAUUCCUUAACACCUGCAAUUAAAUCUGCCAUUUGUAGUGCCUCUGUUCAGAUCGCUAUUUUCUCGAAAACAUAUGCACAAUCUGCUUGGUGUUUGAAUGAGCUGUUAUGGAUUUUCGAUUCAAAUUCUAGUAAGAUCAUCCCCAUUUUUUAUGACAUCCAACCUUCAGAUCUUCGCCAUGUUGACAAGGGAGCAUAUGCCAGAGCCUUUCAGGAACACAGAGGGAAGGGCAGGGUUACCAUACAACAACUGGACAGCUGGAUGAGCGCCCUCAAUAAAGUCUCUGGCGUUUCUGGCGUGGUGAUUAGCACAGAGGAAGAUGACCUUGGAGAGCGUUUGGAAGAAAUUGUGGAAAUUAUAUUAAAAGAGGUGAGAAGGGAAGAACUGGACGUGGGUAAAUACCCAGUGGGACUCCGUCAAGCGGCAGAGCAUUUCGAAAGGGAGGUUUUGAAUGAAAGUGAAAUAAGUGGAAUCAAGGUUGUGGGUAUUGUAGGACUUGGUGGAUCAGGCAAGUCAACUCUGGUUACUCAUCUCUACAACUCCAAGCGUUCCCAAUUCCACAGAUGUUGUUUCUUGUCUCAGGUGAGCAAACGCGAUUUACCCUCUCUGCAGCAAACUCUGCUUGGGGAUCUGCUCUGUGAUCACAAAUCGGAUUUUCGGGACACGCUUACAGGGAGGAGCGUGCUUCGAGAUCGUCUACGACGGCUGAGACGUGUUCUGAUUGUUUUUGAUGAUAUAGAAAAUACAGAGCAAAUAGAGAAUCUGUUAUUUGUGAAGGAUGUUGUUGGAGAUGGCAGUCUGAUUUUGGUGACAUCUAGAGACCCAACUUUGCUGGUCAGUUGUAAUAUAGAAAUAUACAAUGUCAAAUUAUUAGAUCCAGAAGAUGCCCAAGAGUUGUUCUGUUGGCACGCUUUCGGGCACUCUGAACCAGUAGACGAUUUGCAAGAUAUGAUUGAAGAGUUGGUUGGAAUGUGUAGUGGGUUUCCUUUGGCUUUGAAAGUUUUAGCGGGGCAGCUCCACAAUGAACGUGAUCCAAGGAAAUGGAAGCGACAAUUGGAAAGCCUUCGUGAACGACUGCCGAGUAAGUUAUUAGAGCAGAUAGUAAAGAAUAGCUAUGAAUCUCUUGACAUGAUAGAGAGAGAGGCGUUUUUAGACAUUGCCCAUUUCUUAAUUGGAGAAGACGCAGAUCUGGUGGAGAGGGUUUUGGAUGGACUGAAUGGUAGCGGCUCUCAAUGCCUUCAGAGGCUCCGUCUUAAAUGCCUCGUGGAGUUUGAAAGUGCAGACAUAAUUCUUCUCAGGGGUAAAUUCGAAAGUUGGAGGAUAGGAAUUUGGAGAAGAGCAAAGGGAAGCUUGAUAAUAAGAAUGCACGAUUUACUGAGGGACUUGGCAAUACAAAUCGGCAGAAAGGAGUCACCCCUUCGUCUUUCCGGCAGAAAUGAUACAAUGAUCCCCCCACGACUAUCUGAUCUCAUCGGCAAUGAGUUCGAUGUACGAGGAAUUCGUAGAGAUGACGCGGUAUGGUACCCAAAGCUGGAGAACCCAUUCUCCCCAUCCCCGCUUAUACGGGAACCACAAGCUCCACGUCCUAACAAGCGCUCCUUCUUUAGUGAUGAGGAUCAGUUGCCAUUAUUUUUGCAAAGUCAAAAUAUAGGCGGAUUAAAACUUCUCGCCUUUCAAAAUUCUACUCUUCUUCAGCGAUUUAACAGUGUCUCCGGAGAUUUGAUAUGGUUUCGCUGGCGUGACAAGUACGCUUUAAUUCGUUCAAUCCCUUCUACUCUCUUGCUCAAAAAUUUAAGAGUGUUGGAAGUUCAUGGUGUCGACGCUCAAGAUCUCUGCAAAAUGUUUGAUGAUCAUGAGCCUCCUUCGCAACUGCGUGAGUUGACAGUCACUUGCACAAGAGACAAUCAAAUGUACAGUCCAUGGAUAGCUGGUCGUCCAACACCUGCUUUCAAGAGAAUCUUAAAGACUUCAUAUUCACUUCCUUCAACAGUUGGUUUCCCAAAACAAGGGUUACCCUCAGAGACUUCAGAUUCAUUGCAAGCUCCAAAUCUUUUUGGGAGUUCAGAGACUUCAGAUUUAUUGCAACCUCUAAUAAAAUUUGGACGGUGGUUUCAGGCCUGGUUAGGAAAGCUGAAUUUCAAGAAUAUGGUUAAGCUAGUUUUACAAUAUAUUCAAGGCCUGAAAACACUCCCAAUUAAGUUUGAGGAAGUAAGAAACCUCAGGCAUUUAGAUCUUUCUGGCUGCAGCGAUUUGGAGGCCUUGCCAGAUUCUUUUACUCAAGAAUUAUUGCAACUUCAAUAUUUAGCAUUGACAGAUUGCAGGAAGCUCAUUCUCCGAAGUUUGGGAAAAAUCUCCACGCUUGAGUACCUCGACUAUGAAGGUUGCUCUAUGCUGAUUGAAUUGCCUAGGGGAACGGAGGCUCAAAGGUCCUUAAAGUAUCUAAAUGCGCUCCGUACUGGACUGAGGAAAUUGACUCAGGAUCUACAACAGCUGGGAAAUCUGGAAGAACUACAUAUAGGGAGCUCAGAUUUGACCGAGUUACCAUCUUCUCUAUAUACUUUGAGUAGUUUAACAGACUUGACCUUGUUUGGAUGCACAAAUCUACUCUUUAUUGACAACUCUAUUGAAAAGUUGGUGCAUUUGGAAAGGUUUAGAAUAUAUAAUUGUGAAAUUGGAGCAUUACCAGAAAGAAUUGCAUGGACGAAUGUGAAAAGUUUUGAUGUUCAAAGGUGUCCAUUGUAUUUCAAUAACUUAGUGAUAGGUGUAGAUUCAGGAAGUACGCCAGCGGGUAGUUCUCGGGCCACUCGAAGCAUCGAUCACAAUCGCUCAAGUUGUUUGACAAAUCUGAUUAUAAGAAACAGCCACAUUUUAGGGAUAGAUAUUCCUGAAGCCGAAAGUCUUUUUCCCAAGCUUGAAAUUGUUGAUCUGUCCGGCAAUGACUAUUUGAGAGAGAUUGGUAGGUUACCAGGCAGUUUGAUAACCCUGAACCUGAUAAACUGUUUUUCUUUGCGAACACUGGCAUGCUUCUCUACUUUGGCAGGACUUAAAGUUCUUGAUAUAAGUGGAUGUGUUGAACUAGAAACACUUAAUGUGGAAGGUCUCAGCUCAAUAGAAGUAAUUAAAGCCGACAGGUGUUGGAAAAUACAGAGCAUUGAGGGCCUGGAGCAGUUGCAAAAGUUGUCUUAUUUUCAGAUAUCAGUCCAUAGUUUGCCCAGACCCAGUUGCACUGACAUCAUGACUUGUGCUCGCAAUAUAUCAACAGCUGUCCUUUCCGGAACAACUUCGAAAAUGGAGGACGUUGAUGAAAUGGAUAGAAUUGCACGCAGAUUUGAAGGUGUUGAAGUGCGGAGGAUUUUACAGAGGGAUCCGUUGCAGAUUCAUGAGAAGCCGAAAGGUGCCAUUUUUCUAUACCUUAUAACGGAUCCGUUAACCAGCAUUGAAGUGACAUUCUUUGGCCAUGUUUACACUACCCAAUCUUCUGCCUCUAAUUAUCCAGUACAUAUACUGAUGUGGACAGAAGAUUCAGAAGCGUAUAAAGAUUUUAAAUCCUCUAGUGUUAAGGCACAAGAUUUUAGUUUGUUGAAAGCACAAAUGAAAAAAGGAUGGAUGGUGCAAGCCGAAAAUUCAGAGGUUUGUAAGCAGUUCAUAAGACAUCUCUUCUUUGAGGGGUACAUAUGAGUUAGUCCGUUGCAUGAAAUUAGAUUAGGUUUGUAAUCUAGUCAAAAGUACAACUCUUCUAAUUACAGUUGUGUAUUUUCUUUAUUGUAAAUUGAGAAUUAACUUAGAUCUAUUAAGAAAGUUUAUCUUUAAAUUA